AUGAAAUAAGCCUUAUAAAAAUUAAAGGAGAACAAAUUAUUGGAGGCUCUACCUUACUUAGAAAAGCAUAAGCCAUUUUAAGAAAGUGCUUAAAUACUUAUAAAAUACUCGCUUACUUAAGAAUAGAAUGGGAAAGAAUUUAUUUAUAGAUGGAUUCUUCGUAAUACAAAUUAGCCUAAUAUCAAAUUAGAUGUAUUUAACUUAUUAGGUAAUUGUACUAUAACAUUAAGGUUGUAUUAUGACAAACAAAGAUGAAUAAAUAGCAAUAUUGAAUGAAGCUCUAAAAUUGACUGUUGCACAUGAAUUAAAUCCAUCAACGACUCUUAUAAAUUUAACUUGCAUUUAUUCUAAACUUAAAUAACAUGAAAAAGCAUUACAAAUAGCAUUAUAAUCAAUUGAAUGUUCAGUUGAUAAAUAAUUGGUAAUUGCAUAUCAUAAUGCAGCUAUCGAAUACAAAGCUUUAAUGUAGUAUGAAUAAAGUAGAUAAUUUCAUGAAAAAGCAUAUGAUUUAAGUCUUCUUCUUUUCGGUUAAUCAGAUCCUCUUACAUAAAAAUUGAGUAAAUAUAUUGAGAAAUUACCUCCAAAAAUUAUACCAGUUUAAAAUUAAUUUAGACUUAGAAGUACUUCAAAACAAGGUGAAGAAUCUAAAUCUUUUUAUUAUAGAAGACCUUUAUCAAGAGGUGAAUCAUUCACAUAAUCAGUUAAUUAAUCUAUGAAUCAAACAGAUCAGAAUAAUUAUAGAUCAAAUAGUCAAACAAAAGUAAGAAAAAAUAAAACUUUAAAUUAAUCAUUCUUGUCUUAAAGCAAUGAUUUUAAUGAAUAAGAAGAAGAACAAAAUAAGAUUUCUAAUUAUUUGUAAAAUGAAAUUGAAGAAUAGAGAAAUAUUAGAUUAAUCUUUUUGUAGUCAGUUCAUUAAUAAAAUAUCAAUCUCUUAGAAAAAAGAUUGAACAAUAAAAAUAGUAAUCAUAUCAAUUUCUCAUAAGAAUCAAUCUAAAAUAUUGAAUAAUAGGAUUAGAGAUCGUAAGAAUUUAUUCAUUUUGAAAAUUAACAUCCUGAUGGAUAAUUUGAUUCUAUGAUACCAUUAAACUAAUAAGAAGAUCUUACUUAAGAUGAUUAAGAAUUAAUUAUUAAUUAAAUAAGAGGAUUUGAAUCAUAAAAGGAAAUUACUGUUACAUCCUUUGCAAAUUAAGAAACAUUUGAAAAUACUUUUGAAUAAAAAAAUAAAUAAGGAAAAGCAAUUACAAAGAUUUAAAAAUGGUAUCGUAAAAAAUCAAGAAAUCGUUCUAUUAAAAAUCUAACAAUCAAUAUUCAGGUGUAAAAUUUAGCAGCUAUUAAAAUAUAAAGAUUUUAUAGAAGAAUAACUUAAUAAAGAUUAAUUUAAUUAAUGAAAAAAAAAUAAAAUUAUAUAAAGUUUUAAUAAAUAACAAAAUUGUUAAUAGAAAAUGAAUAUAAAUAUUGUUUAAUUAUUGCUAAGAAAUUCAAGAAUGAAAUUAUAUAUAUCAUUAAUGAAAUAACUAAUAAAAGAUAUAAGAAAAGAGCUAAAGUAUAUCAUUAAACCUUUGAAUAAAGAUUAUUAAUAUCUAAAUAUCAUAUUUUUGAUGAAUUUUGUUAAAAAAUUAUUAUGCCAGCAAGAAUGAAUCAAAUAGCUUAUAAAUAGGCUAAUUAAAUUAAUUAUCAAGAAAUAAGUAGUUUAUUUUAUAUAUAUAAUAAUGAACUAAACUUAUACGGUGUUACAGAUACUUUAUAAAAUGAUUAGGAUGAUUUAGAUAUUGAUGAUUAAUUAUCAAAUACUUCUAGAAGAUUUCAAAUUAAAUUAACUAAUUUAAUGAAAUUAUAAUCUUUAUUGAGAGGAUAUUUGGCAAGAAAACAACAAGAAAUUAUUAAAAAUUAAGUAUAUAAACAUAAAAGAUUUAUUGAAAGGAUUUAAGGAGGAUAUUUUUUAUUGAUUUUUAAAGAAGAUAAUAUUAUACAAUUUUAUAAUCUUUAAACUAAACAUUUAUGUGAGAAUGAGAUUUUGGUUCCUGAUUCAAUAAUAAAAUUUUAUGGUCCAAUCAAUAGAUAAAAUUGUAGUGAGAUAUUUUAAGCAAAUAGAAAUAAAAUAAUUUUUACUGAAGAUGCUCAAUUUAUUAUUGAUAAGGAUAUAAAAUAAAAGGAGAAGAUUGAUUAUGCCAUUGCAGAAAAAGCUGUAAAGAAAAUUUAAAGAGUAUUUAGAUCUAAAAUAAAAUUUUUUGAUUCUUCAAUACUUAAAUAUAAAAAGAUAACUUUAAAAUCGAAAUAAUCUUAGUUAUUAUUUAAAAUAAGAAAAUCUAUAUUAUUUGAAUAAAAAUAUCAUAUUAUUUUAACUGCAUGUGGAUAAAUAUAUAAAGAACAUUAAGAAUUAAUAAUUGAAGGAGGUAUUAUUUCUAAAAAACAUUAAAAUCUUAAAAUUUCUUAAUGUUGUUAAAGAUUGUUUUAAGAAAUUUCAAUUUCAGAUUUUACAUAAGUUAGUAAAAUUGUUUUAGAUGAAAUUGAUUUUGAAUGGAAAAAUGAAAAACUUCAUUUAAAAUGUCAUAGUUUAGAAGAAGUUUAUGGUUUUAUAAUGGAUAGGUAAUUAAUAUAUAUUAUUUUAUAUAUAGAAAUUAUUCAUCAUUUAAAGAAAGUUUGAAAGAUACAGCUAAUAAAGAGCCAACAUUGUUAGGAAGAAAUUACUUAAGUAGAAAGAUAUAUUGUUAAUAAUACUUAAAAAAUAGAUUUGAAAUAGAAGAUCCUCCAUCAAUAUUUUGUAGAAUAGAAGAUCCUUCAAUAUAUUAAAUUUAAUAUAUUAAAAAUCUAUAUGUUGAGAGAUUAAUGAAAAAAUAUGAAUAGAAGAAGAAAGAAAGAUAAGUAGGAAAUAAUAUAAAUCAUUAUGUUAAUAAAUUUCCAUCUAUUUAUAAAUAUGAAUGGAUAUAAGAUCCUGAUGAAUUAUAUUAGGAAAUGUUAAACAAUAAAGCAAAAUUAGUAUAAAGAGGUAAUCAUUUUAUUAAUUAAUAGCAUUCAGAUUAUUAAAAUUUAGAGCUGCAAUUCAUUAAAAAUGUUUAAUAAGAUUAAGAAGAAAGUAAGCAUUAAUUGAAGCUUAAAAAGUUGUAGUAAAAGCAUAUUAUUUUGAUGAAAUAAGAAAAUCUUAACCUUAUACUACAAUUGAAAUAAUUAAGAGAAGAGGAGAAACUCCUAUUUUAUUAAAAUCAGUUAAUAUAGAUUCAGUAAUAUAUGAAUGGAUUCUUGUAUUACCUUAUUAUGAUAUUAUUGUAACUGCUUAUUCAAAUCCAAGACAAUUCUAUUAAAUAAAAUAUAAGGAUUUUACAAAUCAUUAUUUAGAUAUUAUUUUAUCUGAAUCAGUAGAAAAAAUUUAAUAAUAUUUCAGUGGUCCAAUAGAGAAAUAUCAUCCAUCAGAAAGAAUAGAUUUUAUUACUGAAUUAAGAGAAUAAUUUAGUAAAAAAGUAAUAAGAAUUGUUAGAUUAAGAUUAUUCUUAAAAAAAGUUAGAGAAACUCCAUUAAGUAAAAAAUUCUUAAUAAGAAGUUUUAUAAAUGAGUUUUAUGUUUAAAUAAAUUAUUUUUACAAUAAAUUGGAAUAAAAGAUUAUAAUUUUAUUAUAGAAAGAGAAAAGAAAAAGAAAAUAUAAUUUAGAUUUGCAUUAUUUAGAUUGUUUAUUUGGUAAUUAACAUGGAAUAAAUUAUCUUGAUAAAGAAUUAUUUAUAAAAUUAUUAACUUUAAAUGAACCAAAAAGUUAUCAUAAAUAUAGACGUCUAUUAAUGCCUAUGAUUAAUAUACUCCAUCUUUAUAUAAUGAUUAAUGCAGAAUUAGAUUUAGAAUAUUAAUAUAAAGAUUUUGAGAUGCCAUUAUAAGAAGAAAUAAAUGAAAAAUUUUAUACUUCUUCUUAAGGAUUUCAUUUAACAACAAAUGAAUCUUGUUCAAAAUUAUUACCAACUAUAAUAGCAUUAUAAGCUAGAUGGAGAUUAUGUUUAUAAUAAAAAAAAUAUUAAUUAAUGCUUUUUAAAUACACAAGAAUGAAAAUAAAAAUGAUGAAUAAAAAAGGUAAAGAAGUAUAAAAAACAUUUGUAAAAAGAAAAGAUAUUAGUAAUGAUAAAGAUAGUGAGACUAUGUAUAUUUGUACUAUUUAUGAAUCUACAGAUAAUUAAGGAGUAAGAGUAAGAGUAGAACUAUUAUCUUAUAAAAGUAAAUAAGAUUAAGAAUUAUUUAAUUAUUUCACUUUUGAACCUAAUUCAACAUUAUUAAAUGAAUAAAUAAAUUAAUAUAUAUUGAGGAAUCUAUAUAUUGAAGAUAAUAAUAAUUUAGUUUUGAAAUAGAAUUAUGCUCAUAAAUAUGAAAUUCCCUAACAAUCACAAUCAAAACUAUUAAAAUUGAUUACUAAAAAACCAUAAUCUCCAAGACUUAUUUAUCAUUAAAAAAGAUAAUAUUCUUAAGGUAAAUAAUUUAUUUAUGAUGCUAUUCACACUGGAGAAGUACCUUAAUAAUAGAAAAUCUAAUAAGACUAAAAAAAUUUGAUAAAAAUUGAUAUAGAUUUGAAGGAAUUCAAAUCAUAAUAUCCAGGAGUUAAUUAUAAAUAAUCUAAUAUUUUAUCUUAGAUAUCAGAAUAAUUAAUAUCUGGAAUGAAGGUUGAUAAACAGACUAUUCUUUCUAAAACUUUCUAAAAGAGAAAUGGAAUGAAAAUAUAAGGAAAUUGUGAAAAUGAUGAAAAAGGUAAAGAAUUAAAAAUAUCUGAAAGUUCUCAAUAAUAAAGCACUUUAUUAUUAAGAUUUACUCAAUUCUACUAAAAUCUUAGAUAUAUGGUUGUAAUUUCAUUACUUGAUGUACCUAUUGAACACUAUGAAAAAUUGGAUUCUGUUUAUGAACCUUAUCACUCUUAUAUUAAUAUUUCAGCAUAGAAUUAAUUAAAUAAUCAAAGAAUAAUUUGGUAAAUAAAUUUGCAAUAAGCUCAUAAAUUAACAAAUUAAGAAAACUCUAAAGAGAUUGCUUAGAUUAUUAAAUAAAAUAUAUUAGUUUUAGAAGAUAAGUUUGUUUAUGUUGCUGAUUAUGCAAUUAUAGAUUUUGAGAAUGUUAUCAUGAUUAAGAGGAAUACAAUGAAUUUGAUACAAAAACUGUUAAAGAAUAAGAAAUUUAACAGAUUGAGAAAACAAUUUGAAAUAGAAGUUCGAUAAUUAAAAGCGAGUGAUAAUUAAUUUUGGAAUAAUAUGUAUAUAAUUAAUGUUAUUUAGAAUUUAUUAUGGAAUAAAUCAAUUUUAAUCAGAGGACUACUUCAUUUGUAUAGGAAUUGAGAGACGUUAAUAUUUAUUGUUAGCAUGGAAUAUUAAGGAUUAUUAGAGAUAUACAUUAACUAUGUAUAAAAAGAAAGGAUUUCAUGAAUAAUUGGAUUAGAUAAGGUUUAUAAAUCAAAAUUUAGAAUUGUGA